ACGACGCAGGCUGCCAGCCUUGCUGCUCAGCCUGGAUGGGCUAUUUUGCCUGCUAGCGUUGUUGGGAACUUCUUACAGUCUCCGGGCGCGUCUCCCUCUGUCCGCCUCCUCUCUCUCCCUCCCUGACCGGCUUCAAGAUGAUGAAGUUCAGGUUUCGUCGGCAGGGCAACGACCCGCAGAGAGAGAAGAUAAAACAGGAGCUGUUUGCCUUCAAUAAGACUGUGGAGCAUGGCUUCCCCCACCAGCCCAGUGCUUUGGCUUAUGACCCCAAACUGCUGCUCAUGGCCAUCGGCACCAAGUCAGGAGCCAUCAAAGUCUAUGGAGCUCCGGGUGUUGAAUUCACAGGCUUGCACAAAGAGACUGCCGCUGUCACACAGAUCCACUUCCUACCCGAACAGGGCCGCCUGCUAUCGCUACUUGAUGACAACACAAUUCACCUAUGGGAGUUGGUGGCCGGGGCCCCCAGAGAAGUGGGAGGGGUUAAGAGAGAGGGCGUGGUUUGUCUCCAAGAAGUGGGGAGCUACAACCUCCCAGGGAGACCGGGCAUUGAGAGCUGCAGUGCCACCCGCGUAACUGUCCUCCUCCUGCUGAGGCCAUGUGACCUUCUCUGUAUUGGAACGGAGGGAGGGGGUGUAUACUUCCUGGAUUUGCCCUGUCUCUCCCUGAGGGAUAACCAGUCACUGCUGCAGGACCAGGUCAUGCAGAGCCUUCCAGAGGACUACAGGUGUGGCAAGUCCCUGGGACCGGUUGAAUCUCUCCAGGAACACCCACAGCAGCAAGGGAAGAUUCUGAUUGGCUACAGCCGAGGCUUGGUAGUUUUAUGGGAUCUCGGCAAGCGCCACGCUGACCACUUCUUCCUGGGCAAGCAGCAGCUGGAGAGCCUGGUGUGGGAACGUUCUGGAAACUCCUUUGUCAGUUCCCAUAGUGAUGGAGGUUAUUCCGUGUGGGCUGUUACCAGUGGUGUCCUCUGCACUCACCAACCAGUGUCCUGUACCAUUCCAUAUGGCCCGUUCCCCUGUAAGGCCAUGAACAAGAUCCUGUGGAGGACAACACAGUCGGGGUCUCCAGUUCUGUUGUACAGUGGGGGGAUGCCCAGGGCCAGCUACGGAGACCGCCACUGUCUGUCCAUUCAACAGGACAAAGACCACGUCACUCUAGACUUCACUUCCAGGGUCAUUGACUUCUUCACUGUCCACAAUGUGGACCAAGAGAAAGAAUUCGACGACCCAUCAGCCUUGGUGGUUUUACUAGAAGAGGAGCUGGUUGUAAUUGACCUCCACACCCCCGGGUGGCCCUCUCUGCCCACUCCUUACCUUGCUCCGCUCCACUCCUCAGCCAUCACCUGCUCCUGCCACGCCUCCAGUGUCCCUCCCAAACUGUGGGAGAGGCUGGUCAAUGCAGGGAAGGCCCAGCAAAGACAGCAACACACACAUAGGAAUUGGCCCAUUUGUGGAGGGAAAAACAUGGCGUCUACACCCAAACAUCAGGAGCUGCUGUUGACUGGACAUGAAGACGGUACGGUGCGGUUUUGGGAUGCGUCGGGCGUAGCGCUGACUCUGCUGUAUAAGCUCAACACUGCCAGUGUCUUCCAUACCGACUGUGACCCCAGCGAUGACCCGCAGGACCCCGGCGACGACCCAGAUGCACAGCAGGAGGAAGAGUGGCCACCCUUUAGGAAGGUGGGUUGUUUUGACCCAUACAGUGAUGACCCCAGGCUGGGAAUCCAGAAGAUCAGUCUGUGUAAAUACAGCAACAAGCUGGUGGUGGCCGGGACAGCUGGACAGGUGAUUGUGCUCAGUUUGAACGAUGAACAUUCAGACCACUCGGUGGACAUCUCGGUGGUUGACCUGCUCCAGGAGGAGGGCUUUACAUGGAAAGGACACGACAGGUUGGAGCCACGCCUAAAACCUGCCCCCUUCCCUCCAGGCUUCCAGCCAUUGGUCUUAGUUCAGUGCCUGCCCCCGGCCUCGGUUACCGCAGUGACGCUGCAUGCCGAGUGGAAUCUGAUCGCCUUCGGGACGAGUCACGGCUUUGGCCUGUUUGACUACCACAGACGCAACGCCGUGUUGGCCAGGUGCACCCUGCAUCCCAAUGACUCACUGGCUAUGGAGGGUCCUCUUUCAAGAGUCAAGUCUCUGAAGAAGUCCUUAAGACAGAGUUUCAGACGCAUCCGCAAAAGCAGGGUGUCCGGCAAGAAACGCACCAUUACCACCCCGACCAGCAAGGUCCAGGAGGCUAACGCUGCCUUAGCGGAGCAGGAGGAGGUAGCACCGGUACAGAGGAGAAUCGAACCUCGGUCAGCAGAUGACUCGCUGUCCGGGGUGGUCCGAUGUCUCUGCUUUGCCGACACAUACCUGCGAGACGGUACACACCACGGUCCCACGCUAUGGGCGGGCACCAACUCGGGCAGUGUCUACGCCUAUGCCCUGGAGGUUCCAGGCGUGGGCUCGGGGCGUGCAUGUGAACGUGGCGGUGCGGGUGAGGGGAAUGUGUGCGUGGAGGCGCUGCUGGGUAAAGAGAUCCAGCUGAUGCACCGGGCCCCUGUGGUUUCCAUCUGCGUGCUGGACGGCCGGGGAAAGCCGUUACCGGACCCCUAUGAAGCUUCGCAAGACCUGGCCACCGCACCGGACAUGACCAACGCUCACUCCGUUCUCAUUGCCUCUGAGGAGCAGCUCAAGGUGUUUUCCCUCCCUAAGGUGAGCGCUAAGACCAAAUUCAAGCUGACCGCCCAUGAAGGCUGUCGGGUGAGGAAAGUGGCACUGGUGGUCUUCAGUUCCAUAGCCCAGGAGGACUACAGUGAACACACACUGGUCUGUCUGACCAACCUGGGAGACAUGCACCUCUUCAACAUACCGGCCCUACGACCGCAGGUACGUUUCGACUGCAUCCGCAAAGAAGACAUCAGCGGCAUCGCGUCCUGUGUCUUCACCAAAAACGGACAGGGAUUCUACUUGAUCUCCCCUUCAGAGUACGAGAGGUUCUCUCUGUCCGCCAAGGUCCUCACCGAACCGGUGUGUUCUGUUCGUCUGAACCGACCACUCGAGUUUACACCUACGAGUGACGGUACGACGGUACAACCGCAGGCCAAUGGAAUGCACAAGAACCAGACGGGUCAGGCGGAAGGGCAAGCAGAGGACCCCCAGAGCACCAUGUCUUCCCCCACACCGGACACCCCACUGGACUCCCCGCUCAGCUGUGCAGACCUCACCCUCGACUCCACAGGCGAGCUCACUGUGGAGGAUGUCAGGGACUUUCUAACCACUGUGGAUGAGGCAGAGAACAACCUGAGGAAUAUCCAAGAAGAGGAAGGACGAAAUACUGGCAUCCUCAUCAACUAAACAGUGUUGCAGGGAGGUGUUGAAGUGGUCUGGAGGGACACAACUGGAUGGAAUUGCAGCGCUGGACAAACACAUGAACAGAACAGCAGUGGCUACACCGCCCCCAGCCCCCCCCCCCAACCCUCACACCUGCUGUAAAGUCCCCAGCUAGCACUCCUCUCUCAGCACCUUCAACUGUCUCCCAGCACCCUGGCACAAAUUGGGGGAGCAGCCUGUAAGUGGAUGGCAGAUAACAGAAGAAGAAAAAAAAACAACAAAACUUUUCAUUUUGGAACCUCCCACAGGUUGGACUGUAUCCCUAAAUAACCACUUGAAAUGUGACAUCACUCAGCACAUUGAUAUACAGAGACACACCCCCGGUGAAUCCUGUUCCAGGUUUUGACCGUGCCCACCCAAAACAGCAUGUUUGGAUUCUUCUGGAUGGUAUUGGAACCGGAGUUUACAGUGUUUUGUGUUUUGGCAUGAUUCUGUGAGGAACAUGCUGAAGACUCUGUAGUCCAUCACGGCUUUUUGUGGCGUUGUUCCGCCAUGCCCUUUUUCACCCAACGACAAUGACCCGUAUACCUCCCGGUCAUAAACUGGUCCUCGGCCAAUCAGAGCGUCCAUGGCAAAACCUGUCAGCCAGUACGGAAAGGGCUGCUGUCUCCUGAUCUGCAGAGACAUUGGUGAGGUUUCUGUAUCUUUGCCUUUCUUUUUGCCAGAAGUAAUUUUGCCAUGUCGGGGGCUGGUUUGAGGGUGUGUUUGUGAUCGCCUUACAUUUCAAACUGGAACUGGUGCUCAUUUGCAAAAUAAACCUGGCGAUUAUUAACAUGCACAAGAAGUUGAUACAAUGGGCCGUGACGCACUCAGGAAAAAGAUGAGACGUCAUAGCCCCUUACUACAUUGGUCGAACUCCUGAUGAACUGUGAAUCUAUAGCAGAGUAAAAGGGAACAUUGUAGCAUUGAAGAGAGAGAACUUUGUGUAUUUUCCUUGUAGUGUAAUGAAGAUGUUAUCGAGGAUCUCUGAGGUAUUGGGAGUUAUAGCAUUCCUUUUUAAUCUUAGUCUAGGUGUCGGUAUAGGCAGCUGGUUUGCUUUUUGUGGACGGUGGUCCAGCUCCCUCACAAAACUCCCAGUUCUGGAGACGUACCAUCCCGUGCAGCUGUUUGACUGUGUGAUACACAUCAAAUGGACCCAGUGUUGGUGCUAUUUUCAAGAUAACAAUAUGUUGCUGUGGCACACAAGCACACCAUCAGCGAGGUUAUCCAGAUAUCUGUCUGCCCUCCUGGUAUGACUCAGAAAACAUCUCGUGAAGGAACAAACCAAGUAGUAAGAAUGAAGGCAUUUUGUAUUGAAAAGAUCUAUUAAAUCUGUUUUUAUAUGGCUUUGGUUGGAGAAUAGGGUGAUAUAUAUAUGAUAUGGAUCCACAAGGAGGGGAUGGGAGACUCGUGUUAGGUUUACCGUUUUUGACACACUGUGCUUUAGAGGAAGGAGUUUGGGUGGAAGAGAGUGAAGGAAAGCAGGCGGGUAUGUGUGACGGAGGGUGAGGAGGAAUGAGAUAAGACUUGGGGCUGAUGGUGUUUAGCCUGAAGUUGACCAGAUGCGUGGCUGGUUUCACGGACCUAGAUUACUGCUAGAUCUGACAUCUAAUCGAGAUUUGAUUUUUAGUCCUGUUUCACCAGGCAAAUUAAAUCGAGUUCAAAAUGUCAAGUCUGGAUGGAGUUGGAGAAGAGGGAAGUGAUGUCAUAGGGCUGUGAUCCGAGACUCAAAAGUGAGCAUUUAAGAGUCAGCACAAUGAGCAGGUACAUAUUUUAAGGCGUGACAGCCAUGGUAUGGAUUCUCGGAAAUCUGAUGAGUCUUCAUAUUGAUGUCACAUUGGCUAAAAAAACUGUCCUCCUCUGCAGGUUUUGUUAUGAUGAUGCGAUUUGGCCUUUCUUGUGUUUUCCUCAGAAGAGGACGACAGAUUAGGGGGGACAGGUUAAAGAUGAGAGAGCCGUGUUUACUGUAAAUGUGGAGGAAGUUCUCUGUAGGACCGCCAUAGAAAUCCAGAGAGACAACAGGACUCUUAGCCAACCUGUUGAGUGUGUGUGUGUGUGUGUGUGUGUGUGUGUGUGUGUGUGUGUUUGUGUUUGUGUGUGUUUCUAAGUUUUCAUCCCUCUUUCCUGCACAGGUCUGGUAGUAAUAGGAUAGUUGAAGAGCAAUAGACCAGAUAAGCAGAUUAUUUACGUUUGCCUAUCCAACUUUGUUCCAGUGGUGCUGAAAUGAAGGUUGUUUUUGGGUCGUCUACAAUCCUCUCUCCAUCUCGUACCUGGCAACAGGCAAGUCCUGUUGAUUGUAUUUGUUUAAAUCUGUUGGAAGGCUAGGUGUAAUGUAAUGUGGGAUAUCGAGAUGCUCCUAUGUUCAAUGGGUUUCUGUAAAGCAGUUUGCUCUGGAUAAUUCGGGGUUAGACGGAGAGGAAAAGCUUGGAUCGCCAGUAUUUGAACCCUUCUCUAAGUUUUUAACAUGUAAAAAUAAAAUAAAAAAAUAAAAAAUCUAUUUCUAAGUUUACAGCCUUGUAGUUGAGAGACAGGUUUAUUACACCAAGCCAACGAAAUUGAGUUUUAGACCUUCUGGUACCUGUCAUUCCAGCCGCCUACAAACCGCUCAGUAUUUCAUGCUUUCUGAUCACCUCAUGUAAAGAAAAGAGAAAAAAAAAAAAAGGGACCUCAUUACUUACUAAUGUAGCUGAACAAAUAGGAAUGGUAAUAACUUUUAUAUUUGUUAGUUUUUUGGGUCGUGUUGACACGCAGAAAAAUUAACCUUUUCAUGCUACAGCUGGCACAGUUUACCUUUGGAUUCCACAAACUUGUUGAAUUUGUUAGUUUUCCUUUUUUUGUGUGUGUAGAAUUUUCAUUGGAUCAUUUUGCAUUUUACGGAUGGAAAAUGGAUGUCAAUAAAGUAUUUACU